AUGGCAACGUACGUGUUCGAUGAGGAUUUUGGGGGAGACGGCGUGAGUUCUAAGAGGAAAAAUGAAGUUGCUGCGCGGUUUCGUAGCGUUCAUAUCCCUGAGAUGCAGCAGCUUCUUGAAGGUGUUGAGCUCGAUUUAAAUAGGAUUGCGGACUGGGUCGUAACUUCGAACCCCAUGCGAUGUAUUUCGAUGCUCGGUGAAAUUGGCUGGACGCUCGAACGUGUUGGCGAGAGACAAGAUGAUCCCCUGCGUGACGCUUUGAUCUCGUGCCAGGAUAAAAUUCAGCGCCACUUGUUCGAAUACCUGGAAAGAAACUUUUCAAAGGAGGAAAUUAAGUCUCAGGACGGCAGUGGGCGCACGAUGGCGGAAGCUUUUGUUCUCGCGAAAUCCGAUGUCGCCGUGUUAAAUGAAGUCAGCGCUCUUCCUUCGCUUAUCGACCGUUUCGAAGGUUUUAUGAGCGAGUUGACGGUCGACGAGAAAACGACGGCGAAACAAAUAGCGAUCGAUAACGCGUGCGCAAAGUUAUUAGACGUCGUUUUCCGCGCGAUUAAUCGCGCCGCGGAUUUGGAUUCGAAGAAGAGCAUUCGACUCCGGCUUGUUAACUUCUGCACGCUCGAGGAAAUUUUACAAGAGCGCUCCGCUCGUGUUUCUAAACUUGAUGAGUUCCUGAAAGCCGCGCUGGAAGCUCGUUCCAAGGCGUGCCACGAGUACGCAUCCGUACUCGCCGAGAAGGAGUUCGGGGCGGUUUUAGAAAUCGCGUAUCAUAUGCACGUGACGCUCGGUUCCGGUGGAGAAGUUUUGGAGCUUCCGUUCCAGCCUGGGUGCAGCCGGGAAGCGGUUUUGAGGACGGUGAGCUCGCAGUCGGGACACGAAAAAUCGCUGAAAGUGCUUCACAAGCGCGCGACGAAACACCUCGCCGCUCUUCAACCAGAACUCUUCAACUCGGUGUGGACCUUUGUGCUCGAUUUCGUCACUGGAUGGCUCGUGUUCCUCGAUUCGAUCCUAAGGACUCCGGCGUACAGCUAUUCGAUGUCGCCUUCGCCGAAGAAACUGCGUCUGUUGAAGUUUUAG